GUGCUCGGCAGGCUGGAGCGACAACAUGCCCUUGCCGAGGCGCCGGUCGUCCUUCCUGGGGCAGCAGCCCUCUACCUCCACGGCGGAGAGCUCGGGGCCGCCCGGCCGCCGGGUGAGCGUCGGAGGUGGAGGGAGCCUGUCGAGACCCCCCGGCGUCUACGUGGGCACCGUCCCCACGGGCGGCGUGAGCAGCCUGGGCACCCGAGUGUCCCGUAGAGCCCUGGGCAUCAGCAGCGUCUUCCUCCAGGGUCUCCGCAGCUCCGCCGCCGCCGUGCCCCUGGCCCCGGGGCUGGAUAAGGGCAGGGGUCUCUCCUACGAAAGCCUGAAUGGCUGCUUGGUGGAGUACAUCGAGAAGGUGCGAGCUCUCGAGCAGGUCAACCAGGAGCUGGAGGAGCACAUCAGAGUCUACCUGGACAAGAAGGCGGCCAGCGUGGGCAGCUGGGGAGCGCUGCGGGAGAACUGGGAGGCGAUUUACCACCAGGUCUCAUAUCUAUUGCAAGAGCCUAGAGGAUCCCAUAGGAGAAGGAAAACAAUGCUCUGGGAGCUGAGGAGGGCUUGCAGGCAGCAUGAGCAACAAGUAUUCCGUGGCUCCCUGAGGAGGAUGACCCUGAAGAGGACUGCUAAUAUGGUGGGUGAAGCAGUCCUUGAAAAUGCUCGUCUUAUGCUGCACACCGAGAACAUUCAAGCCUGUGCUGAAGAUUUUAAAGACAGGUAUGAAAAUGAGCAGCCAUUUAGAAAGGCAGUGGAAGAUGAAAUUAAUUCCCUAUAUAAAGUGAUUGAUGAUGCUAAUUUAACUAAAAUGGAUCUGGAGAGUCAGAUAGAAAGCAUGAAGGAAGAGCUAACUUUGCUGUCAAAGAAUCAUGAAGAAGAUGUGAAGGUAUUAUACAAGCAGCUUGCUGGAUCUCAGCUGGAAGAACUUGAUGUUCCUCUGGGAAGUGGCCUGGAUGACAUUCUGGAAAAAAUCAGAAUCCACUGGGAGAGAGACAUUGAAAAGAAUCGUGCUGAGACAGGUGCCCUGCUCCGUACCAAGCAACAGGCUGAGACGAUGGCUGCCGUGCGAACCCAGGAGGAAGAGCUUGUGGAAGGCCUCAGAACCGAGUUCCAUGAAACUGCCUGCAAAAUACAGAGCUUGCAAGCAGAAACCGAAUCUUUGAGAACCUUGAAGAGGGGUCUGGAGAACUCUUUAUAUGACGCCAAGCACUGGCAUGACAUCGAACUGCAGAACCUGGGCUCUGUCAUUUCCAAGCUGGAGGCAGAGAUGGGAGAAAUCAAAGUAGAAACUGAGCAGCAGCAGAGGGAUCGUGAAAAUCUGCUGACUAGCAAACAACAGCUGGAGAAAGACAUUGCUGCAUAUCACUGCCUCCUGGAUGGAGAGCAAAGCAGGUACUUGUCCUUAAAAGGAUGGAGAACACUCUCCUUGGGAGGGGGUUGUGAGGUUGCUGGAAGCAGGAGGACUGGGGUGUUUCUCAUGUUUCAUAAGGCUAGCUGGUAGAUGGUGAGGUUUGGAGAAGCUGCCAAAGGGGAGGAGCACACCAAAUCCCAUCGCACAGAGAUUCCUAAUAUAUUGGAGAUGGGUGGUUUCCAGCACUAUCACAGAAGGACAUGGUUUGUGAACAUGCCAUGAGUUUCACUUCUCUGAAGGUUUGAAAUGCAAUAUUAAAAAGCUAGGGGGCUUAUAAUAUUAAUUAUAAAUAUUAAAAACCAGGGGCUACAUUAGUGGCUGCAAAGCAGAUGUGUUGUUGUUUCUUGAUAUGAAUACAUUAUGCCAUCCCUCCCCCUCCCUAAAUACAGUCCAAAUAUUAUAGCUGUGAUCCUGGAAAAACUCCAUUUCUAAGCUUGUAAGUUCCCCCUGAAGUCCAAGGAUGGAAUCUGGACCACUGACUGUACCUUUUGUGAAGAAAUGUGGC